AUGAAGUCUGAAUAUAAAAAAACUACUAAUAAGCCUUCAGUAGCAGCCUUAACGCUCUGUAUUUCUCAAAAUACAUUCAAUCGCCUGCAUGAUUAUACAAAUGACCUUGAAAAUAUAAAUGCAAUCGCUGAAAAAAAGAUUAAGCAGCUAGCGGAGCUCAAAGCGGCUUCAAUAGAAUUGAGUAAAAAUUGGAAUAAUGCCAUUGUUAAUGUUACAAAAAAUCACCGAGAAGAACUUUUAUCAAGAAGACGAAAAGUCAAUGAAGAAAAAGUGAAGUUAAUCCAAAAAUUGGCUGAACAAAAACGCGAAGAACGUGCGGCUAUUGUUAAAGAAGCGCAAAAAUUAAUAUUGUAUAAAAAACCACAAUGUAGACUCAUCAAUGCUGCUCUUUUUACUUCCGAGUGUUUCAGAGAACUGCAAGCUCAAUUAGAGUUCAAAAAAAUGCUGAAAGGUAUUGAAGAUGAGUACAAUAAAGAGUAUAUUGUAAAAUUGAAGAAAGAUGCUGAAGACUAUUGUCUCGAGAAGCGAAUUGAAGUUCAAAAAUCGUGGAAGAAAAAGGAAGCUUAUAGAAAUGAAUUAAAAAAACAGAUUGAAAAUACAGAGUCAUAUUUGAAGAAACAGGAAUUAUUAGAUUCCAAAGCAGACAAAAAAGAUCUAGAAAAGGUUAUAGAAGAGUUUAAACUUAUUGAACAAUGUGAAGCUGAACAAAUGAGAAACAAAAAAAGAAAGUUACAAGAAAUGUUUUUAGAGCAAAUAAAAAACAAUAAACUCGAACAAGACAGACUUAAAAAACAGGAAUUGUUAAUGAAUAACUUGGCCGAUGCUUAUGCUAAAGCAAAGGAUCAUUUAAAUGAGACAACUAAAGCGAAAUUAAAAGAAAUUCAAGCUGAAAAAAUACGUCGUUCGGAAUUAAUGGGUUAG